AGGCGUUGGACUUCAACGCACUCGGCAUACGGAGGCUUCAAGCAGCGUGGCACACGCACGCACACCCACUCUUCGUCAAGAGAAAAAAAGCAUAUACCUACCCCCCGUAGCUUCUCACGCAGGCGCUGCCGCUUCUUUCUCACUACCGCUUUUCAGCAACUGCUCUCAAGCCUUCGCCUUCGAACAAGCACCUGUCACUCAAGGAGACAGCGACACACAUCGUUACUGCAGACGGCAGCUCCAAAAAAAAAAGCGGUCAGCACGAAAGGCCGCAUGCACAACGCCGACGUGCAGAAGCCCGCCUUCGAGACGCUGAAGCGCGCCGCUAUCGGCACGUAUUGGUCGAACCGCGACAAGGAUGGAAAACACUUCAAGAACUACGGCGCCGGCGCAUCAUCCUCCCCUGGCAUCCUCAAAGCACUCAAGUGGAUGCUGGGGAAAAUGUGCCGCGGCAAUGCCCUACCAAGAGGCGGCUACGCGGAGUUUGGCAAGGUGUGGUACGCGCCGUGCGACAUGGGCGAGUCGGUGGCCGAGUGGCGGCGCACCCCCGCCGACCAUCGCGGCGACCGUGUCUACUUCAUUGGACACGCCACGCAGCUCCUCUGCCUUGGCAACGGCGUCAACGUUCUUUUUGACCCGAUCUUUUCGCCGCGUGCCUCGCCGGUGUCCUUCGCCGGCCCCGCUCGUCGUUACCCGCCUGCCACGACCGUGGACCAGCUGCCGCCGAUCCACAUUGUCACCGUCUCGCACAACCACUACGACCACAUGGACCAGGCGAGUCUCACAGCGCUGUACGGACGCUUCCCUGAGGUGCGGUUUGUCCUUCCGCUGAAGAUGGAACCCUUCCUUCAGCAGUGGGGCAUCCCCGCGGCAUCCAUCACGACGCUGGACUGGUACGAAGCGUGCGAGGUGCACGGGCUACGCAUCGGCUGCACGCCGGCACAGCACUGGGGCAGGCGGAGCAUGUCGGACAGCAACGAGGUGCUGUGGUGUGGGUGGUGUGUCGGCUGGCGGCCCAACGAGCCCACCACCUUGAAUACGGCGGCGGUGGGAGAGAGGGACAAGCAGCCGCCAGCCUCCUACAGCGGCUCCGACGCAGUGCCAGAUACAGAUGCAGCGGCAGCAGAGCAGCAGCAGUCGUGGAGUCAGUACAAGAAGUACUUCUUCACCGGGGACACGGCCUACAACGCAGAUGUGUCCACGAACAUCUACGCCCACUUUGGUCCGAUGGACAUGGCGAGUCUGCCCAUCGGCGCGUACUCGCCUCGGUGGUUUAUGUCGCACGCCCACAUCGAUCCCGAGCACGCGGUGCAGAUCUUCCAGGAUCAGCACAUCCAGCGCGCCAUGGCGGUGCACUGGGCCACCUUUGAGCUGGCGGAUGAGCCGCUGGACGAGCCACCGGAAGUGCUGGCGGAGGCGCUGAAAGCAGCGGGCAUCGACCAGAGCCGCUUCCAGGCGAUCCCAAUGGGAAAGUUCAUUGACUUCUAA